UCCCACGGAUUUUCUAUGGAUUUCACGGCUAAUCCUCCCUUUUUUCCUUCCAGAAACCGGGAAUCCUGGGCGAUUCCCCGCUCAGCUCCCUGGCCAGCCCCCCGGGAAGCUCCUGGGGGAGCUUUCCUCAGGUGCUCCCUUGCCAGGGGACGUGGCCCAGGGACACGGGAAAUCCAGAUUUUGCCGAAAAGCGCGGCCCUGGCGUCGUUCCUGGCGCAGGCGGGGACGGAGCGGGAGAAGUUGGGAACGCCGGGGACCCCCCCAGGACCCCCCGCCUUGGGAUCCGCCCUCGGAGCCGUCCCCAAAUCCAAGCAGGGCGAGAGCGGAGCCCCCGCGGUCUCUCUGCUGGGGGAGCCCCCCAAGGACCUGCGGAUCCCCCUCAAUCCCUACCUGAACCUGCGGAGCCUCCUGCCCACGCCCGCCCUGCCAGGAGCUGCUGCCAAAGGGUUUAAGGUGAAACCCGGAGUUUUGGGGACCCCCCGGCUCCCGGCCCCCCCCCGCCGACCCCCUCGCCUUGGAAUUCCAGCCGGAUUUGGGAUCCCGGAUUUUUCCCCAGAGCCGAGACCAGCCCGGAUCCCUCCUGGGGGGCUUCGGGAGCACCAGGAACAAGGUCUCCUCCUCCUCCUCGGGCUUCGAGAGGGGGAAUUUGGGAGCCCCAAUUCCCCCCUUUUUUUCGGGAUCCUCCAAUUCCUACUUCACCAGCGGCCUCCAAGCCGGCCUCAAGCAGAGCCACCUCAGCAAGACCGUCGGCAUCCCCCCGAGCUCCGACUCCAUCCUCACCUCGGCACCCCCAAACUCGCACUCCAAGACCCCGCUGGGCGCCCAAAAACGCGGCUUUUCCCACCUGCUGCCGUCGCCCGAGCCCAGCCCCGAGGGCUGCUACGUGGGCCAGCACUCGCAGGGCCUCGGUGGCCACUACGCCGACUCCUACCUGAAGAGAAAAAGGAUCUUUUAACCCCAAAAAUAACCCCCAAAAAAAAAAAAAAAACCAAAAAAAAACCCCCCUCUGGCAAUGCUGCCCAAACGCGCCUCGCGUUCGCUUCGUUUUUUGGAAGGUUUUCACCCAUUUUUGGGAGAUUUGGGGCAUUUCUCGAGGGGGUUUUUGGGGUUUUUUUGGGGUUUUGGCAGAAUUGGGUCCCGAUUUUAGGAUUUCGGAUGCCCCCACCCCACACCUCCAAGGAUUUUUUUGGGGUUUCCGGGGGUUUUUUCUCCCUCCCCUCCCCACAGCAGCACCUGGGAGCCCCCAAAAAACGCUCCCUGCCUUAACCUGCUGCUGGCCCCCAUCUCGGGGCUCCCCAACCCUUUUUUUUUGGGGAGAUUUCCACCUUUUUUCCCCACUUUUGGGGUUGCUCUCCCACUCCCCCGUUUUGGGGAGAUCUCCCCGUUAUUUUUGGGGGAGGUUCCCCCCUUUUUGGGGCGUUCCCCUCCUUUUCCUUCGUGGGCUUUCCAACCCUUUUGGGGUCUCCCCUUCAUUUUGGGGUCCCCUCCCUCACUUUUGGGGACCCUCUUUGAACAUUUCACUGCUGUUGGGGGUGGGGGUUUUUUUGGGGUUUUUCCCCCUUUUUUUACCAACUGGAGCCGUCGCCAUUUUACGCUUUUUUUUUGGGGUAAAAUCGGCCUUUUUACUUUUAACUCUGGUUUUUGGGGUUUUUUUUUUUAAACAACCAAAAUUUCCUCAUUUUCGGGGGGUUUCACCCCCUUUUCCUUUUAUAUUUUUUUUUUCUCUCCCCUCCGCCCCCCCCCACCCCCCCCCCCCCCGCUCUGUUUUGGGGCAGUUUCCCAGGAUUUGAGUUUUUCUCCCUGUUUUUAUUGUCUGGUUUUGCUGUAAGGGGGGGAUUUGGGGUGGGGCUGCGUCCCCCCCCCAGCCCCCCUCGAUUCCCUGACCCCAAAAAUAAAGUUAUAUUUAUAUCUCUA